AUGCCUUUACCGAUGGAACCGUGCUCUCUGAGAAUCGUCGCUCGCAAUAGGUCUAUGGCAAAUGCCCUUCUUGAAUACCCGGUGGGGAUGGAAGAAAAGGACAACGUUGCAUUUUUGACGUUGGGGGAUGGUAGCGACUCAACGAAGAUCAAGGUUCCAGAAAAAUGCAUCGAUUUCCUCGCGGUCACCAUCUAUCAGCUAGAGGUGUUUCGGCGUACCGCUGAUGUCUUGCUCGGCCGCCCUGAUGUCGACGUCAAAAAUCCUGACAUUCAGUUUUACCUGGCCCUCAUUUCAUACGCCGCUGAAAUCAUCACCUCGUUCGUUACUGAGGUCAGAGAAGCUGGUGACAAUAUCAGGCAAUCAAAAUGGCGAUCGGCAAUUCUCGACUAUCAUAUCGCUCUAACGUUAGAAAACAGCGCGUUCACCUCGACACACCAGCGACUUGCGGAACAGAAGAUGAACCGCACUUGGGCUCAGUUCAGAGAGAAGAAGCUGUUCAAGAAGAUCCAAUCCAUGACACAUGUACAUCUACACAAUGCAUUAUGUUCAGACGGCGACGAUGCGUGCGGAGGUCCCUUCGAUCACACGCGCGACAUCGACGAAGUUGUCAAGGCGACGAUUGUGCAUAUCGAUGCUAUGAGAGCCGCAGCAUCGUCUACCGUUGUCGCAGAGCCAGCAGACGUCGCUUGCACACAUACCAACGCUGUGGGCGACGAUGUCACUGCACCAGCCCUGAUAGAUGCCCCCAAUGCUAACGCAAAGGCCUCUGCUGAUGCUCAGCCGAUCGCCAUAGACGAUGAGCCCCACAAUCCAUCUGAGGGCCGCGUCACUGAACAGCCUAAAAUCAAGAUCAAAAUCAAAGCCACUGCGAUAAAGACAAACACAGGCCAGGCGUCAUCUACAAAAUCCGAGAUGAAAUCGAAGCCAUCAGGCAAGAAGGCACGUCGCAAUGCGACCGCAGAAGCAGCUGGAUCCAGUAAACAUAUCUUGGACGCGGAAUCAGAGGAUGAGGUGGACCACGGCGAACGCAUCGCCGACGCAUUUGAACGUCUAUUGGUGGAGAGGAAGCCAGUAAAAUCACGCAAGACGAAAAAUCAGCCGAAGUCGAAGAAAGGCAAGGGGAAGCAAAAGGCUGCACCAAAAGUUCUGGUUGCCAACUCCGAAGAUGAGAUAUCUGAUGUACCCAGUACCGCUCGGACCUUCCCAUCAGCGAUAGUUGACGAUGAUGAUCCGCCAUCGCCGACGCUUGUCUCAGCAACAUGGAGGACUGACUUGGACAUGAUGGAGGAUAUACCCGAAAUCAGGCCGGACACGAGGCCGGUUGAUCGUGGUGGUCUGAAUGAUGACCCACUCCCUGUCAUGUUGGACGAUUGGGACACUUGGCACAGGACUGCAUUUGAGCGGGGGCGCUCGCAAGUAUUUCUGAAGCUUGCGACUUGGAUGCUCAUCAGAUUUCGCCAGCUGACGAUGACAGACAUGGACGCGGAUGUUAAUGGCGUUAUCAUUCCUCUCAACCCGAGGACCAUUCCGUUCGUUGAUCACGACGACUUUCUUGAAGCACUCGGCAUGGAACGCCUAUAUUCAGCCAUCGUUAACAUGGAUACACGUCCUCGUUUCCUCAGCCACCUGUUUCAUGCACUUGGGACCAUAUCUCAUGAUGCAGAUAUUGGACACAGUAACCACGGAUCGCAGGCAAUUUCCUCCCCACCACCGGUUAUCGCAAGCAUGAUGGCGGAUGUUGAUGUCCCGUGGUUACACCUGUCGGGCAGCGAUCGACCUACCUAUUUGGUUCUCCGUCUGCAACCCUCCAAGCGUCACCCCCGUCACCCCGUCCCAAAUGGGGACGGGCGUGCCGUAAGUGGCUGUCCGUCACCCUCGCUUCUUUUUCCCAUCCGCCAUUUCCUGCGCUUGGCGGUGACGCCGUCACCCCUUCUUUUUCCCAUCAGCCAUUAUUUUCCUCCUUGGCGCCGCGCCGUCCGUCCUUCAGCGCUGCAAACGUCACCCCGUUACCCUCCCAGACGGGAAGGCGUCACCCCAUCACCCUCCCAGACGGGAAGGCAUCACCCCGUCACCCUCCCAGACCGGAAGGCGUCACCCCGUCACCCUCCCAGACGGGCGGGCGUCACCCUUUUGUUUUCCCAUCAGCCAUUGAUUUUCUCCUUUGGCGCUGCGCUGUCCGUCCUUCAAGGCUGCAAACGUCACCCCGUCACCCUCCCUUGUUUGUCCGUCACCCUUCCUUCACCAGGCGUCACCCCCUCUUCAACAGGCGUCAACUUCGCUUCCCCAGGCGUCACCCCUCGCUUAUUUUGGGUGUCGCACUAUCCCCGCGUCUGCAUCGGUCAUGCGGGCAUGGUAUCGCUUAUGGUCACCUCUCCCACUCAUUCUCCCUCGUCGACCACACCUUCACCUUUGCCCUCUGCGAAUUCCAAGCCUACCCAGCGCUCUCGUUGCAUUCCAGAGGAUGAUCCGACGCGGACGUCCUCUCAUUCGGGCUUAUGUGCCCUUGAGUCGAUCUUUCCAUGUCAGGUUCAAUGA